CUUCCGGCGUGCCGGCGCGGCGCAGGCGCAGUAGCGCGGCGCAGCCUGGUGCCGCUGUCACGGUGUGGGUCCCGCCGUCCUCUCCGCCGGGGUGGCACCGUGCGGGCCCUGCCCGUGAGGGCGGCAGGCCUUGCCCGGCGCUCGCCGGCGGCAGCGGGGGCAGGCGGGAGCCGCCGCCCUGCAGAUAAUACUGUGAGAUACAAGACUAUUGAAAUACGUUUUCUGGAAUGAAAUAGACCAGCAACUUAGGACAGGUGUAGUUAUUUAUAAGUAAUGACAGUUCACUUAUUUUUAGAUGCAUAUUUGUUUGUUUUGAUUAACCCCAAAAGCCUUUGGUGGAAGCAAAGAAACAAAUACCUGUAUUUGUAUAGGCCUAAAGUCUGCUGGAGGAUAAAUCAUGCCAUUCACCUGAGGGUUUUUCAUACAAGUGAGCCUCAGUGUAAAUGGGUCAGAAGCAAGACACUUUGGUAUAACAAAUACAUUUGCAGCCAUGACUUUUUAUACUUCAGAGUUGCUAAGCUCUUGACUUCUUCUUCCAAAGGACUUACAAAAGUGAACAGUCACAUGUCACGAAUUAAGAAUACUCUAGAAUCUGUUUCAAAGGCAGUGUCUGGCACUCACAGUGAACUGGUUUCACGGAUAGCCCGAUUGAAGUCACACUCAGGUACUCUGGGAAAAGCAAAGAAAAGUAAUGGAGAUGCAAAUCUAGAAAAUGAUAAACAAGUCGCAGAUGCCAGAACUCAGGAGGAUUGCAACAGAGGCCCAGCUGCAGGGAAAUCCAGUUGUGCAAGUGGAAACUUGGAGCCUAUGUUAGUAAGUUCAAGUGGCGCUUGCCGAGAUACCCCGGAAGAUUCAGCGUCUACUAAAAGCCACCUUUUUCAUAUAAGUUACUUUUCUACAAGUUUUGGAGAGACUUAUAACUUCAUAGCUGAUCAUAUCAACUGGUACUUUAAUAAUAAGCCUGUUAUGGAUCAAGAGAGAAAAAGGAAUGCUUUAUUACAGGACUCUCAGAGUGAGGAGAGGAGUAAGCUUGAUUCAUCAGAAGAUACUGUAGUGAAUGAAGAAAGGAUGGUGGAUUCAGCAGCUACUUUAGCUCCUGAAGCAGAGACUCUGGGUGCUGAAAAGCCAAGUACUGCUCUUCCAGUUUCCACUAAAAAAACUAUUGCAAACUUUCUUUCGUAUCCCAGUAACAGUGUACAAGCUUUUGUAGACAGUUACAUUGGCGGGUUGGUUCCUAAGUUAAGAUCCGACUCAAAAGCACUUUCACAAGAAAAGACUAAACAGGCAGAACAAGAAGUGUGUGAGAAGGGUGAGGAGGACAAAGCGAAAGAGGUUAAGGCUGCAGAAGAGAAGGAAAAGCAUCUAUCUCUUCAGAGAGAAAAGAUUAUUGCAAGAGUGAGUAUUGAUAACAGGACUCGAGCUCUAGUGCAAGCCCUACGAAGAUCCUCUAAUCGAAGAGUCUGUAUCAGCAGGGUUGAAGAACUGACCUAUCACCUUCUAGAAUUUCCAGAGAGCAGAGGAGUUGCAAUUAAGGAAAAAAUAAUCCCAUGCCUACUGAGACUGAGACAGGCAAAUGACGAAAGUCUUCAGGCUGCUGUUAGAGAGACUUUAGCUAUAAUUGGAUAUACAGACCCUGUGAAAGGCUGGGGAAUUCGAAUCCUCACUAUUGAUGGAGGAGGAACAAGGGGUUUAGUUGCACUUCAGACUCUACGGAAACUAGAAGAACUAACUGGAAAGCCGGUUCAUCAACUUUUUGACUACAUCUGUGGUGUAAGCACAGGAGCUAUAUUAGCUUUUAUGUUGGGGUUGUUCCAUAUCCCUCUGGAUGAUUGUGAAGAACUGUAUCGCAAGUUAGGAUCAGAUGUUUUUAAGCAGAAUGUCAUUGUUGGAACAGUCAAAAUGGGUUGGAGCCAUGCCUUUUAUGACAGUGAUAUAUGGGAAAAAAUACUCAAAGAAAGAAUGGGCUCAAAUCUUCUGAUUGAAACUGCAAGAAAUUCCAAAUGUCCGAAGGUAUCUGCCGUAAGCACCAUUGUAAACAGAGGAACACCACUGAAAGCAUUUGUUUUUAGAAACUACAACCACUUCCCUGGUGUUAAGUCUCAUUAUAUGGGAGGCUGUCAGUAUAAACUCUGGCAGGCCAUUAGAGCAUCAUCUGCUGCACCGGGUUACUUUCAGGAAUAUGUUUUGGGCAACUAUCUUCAUCAAGAUGGAGGUCUGCUGCUAAAUAAUCCUUCUGCACUGGCAGUUCAUGAGUGCAAGUGUCUUUGGCCAGAUGUUCCAUUGCAGUGUCUAAUAUCACUGGGCACUGGUCGAUACGAAAGUGAAGGAAAGACCAACGUCACAUACACCAGUCUGAAAGCCAAACUCACAAAUGUCAUCAGCAGUGCAACUGACACAGAAGAAGUUCACACCAUGCUGGAUGCACUGUUACCUGCAGAUACUUACUUCAGAUUUAACCCUCUUAUGAAUGAAGACAUACCUCUAGAUGAAAGUCGUAAAGAGAAACUCAACCAGCUGCAGACAGAUGGAAUUCGGUAUUUAGAACGAAAUGAAGAAAAACUGAAAAAAGCUGCAAAAGUACUAAUGCAAGAAAAAACAGUUUUGCAGAGACUUCAGGACUGGAUGCGGUUAAAGACUGACAUGUAUGAAGGCCUUUCGUUUCCUUCCAAAUUGUGAAUAUGUAAAGCAUGAAAGAUCAUAAAUGUAAAUGUCGUUCCAGAAAAUCCAUUCAGUACUGUAAAGGAAAUAUGUUUACUGGGGGUAAAUAACAUCUUUGGAAAGCUCUCAGUUCUGGAGAAAGCAAUUCCAGAUGGCUGGUUUGUGCACACUUGCUUAAUACAAGGGUUUAUGGUGUUAAUUAUUUUUUGACUUUUACAGAUCUUACUGUUGCUCUGAAGUUUCUUAAAGUCAGUAAAACUUAAAAUUGUGAAAAACAAUUGUCAUGCAUUUUUGAUGUAUGUACUCUAAUUAUGGUGGCAGUAAAUCUUUAUUUACCAACUAUCAGGCUUAUUCAAAACUAAUGAAAAUUAAAACCCUCAUUCACUUUAAUGUAGGCAACAUACCUGUAGGCUCUUGUGUAGCCAGUGAAUUCAAUAGAAAUGUAACAUUCUUACCAAAACUUUGCCUGUGUUAAUUGCACUUUUACAUCUGAAAGAUGACAUUUAAAUUCUUUUUUUUUUUUUUCAGUAGAUUUUGUACAUAACAGUACUGACUAAGAUAUUUGGAUGACUAUAAAUGGCAUAUUAAAUUAUCAAAAUGAAGAUACUUCUAGGA